CCUAGUGUUAAAAUAAAGGCUUAGACAGGUCGGAUGUGCCAGCCAGGCAGAGGAAGUCCACCUUUCCUCCCCACCUAUCCCCUGAGAUUCACAGAGGCAAGGCGGAGAAAAAGCCCUUGUGCUCAUUGCUUCUUUCCCCCAACCCCUUAGCAGUGUGGACACUGAUUAACUACAGCUGGGAUCUAGUGUGCCCCGCCUGUCUUUGAAAUCCAUCAAUGAGUUCCUUCUCGAGGAAUGCUCCCCCUUAACUGUGGAGGAGGCGGUGGUGGCAGUGGUGGUCCUCUCCAACAUGGGCGUUCUGGUUCUGACUGCCUAAGAGAAGGAUCCUAGUGUUUCAUUUCUCCUGAGCAACUCUCAAGGCUUUCCAAUCAAUGUCUUCUGACUAGAGAAAAUAGCUGGAGUGAUGAUAUAUUCUACCUCUUGUCAAACAUCUCAUGUCAAAAAGAGUAUUACAAGUGGAUAAAUAAUGUGCACUGCUCUGAGCCCGAAGGUACGCAGUGGACCUGGCCUCUCUGAUAUGCAUCAGUAUAGCCAAUGGCUGGCCAGCAGACAUGAAGCUAAUUUGCUACCGAUGAAAGAAGAUCUGGCCUUGUGGUUAACCAAUCUAUUGGGGAAGGAGAUUACGGCAGAAACGUUUAUGGAGAAAUUGGAUAAUGGUGCCUUGCUCUGUCAACUUGCAGAAACUGUUCAGGAGAAAUUCAAAGAGAGCAUGGAUGCUAAUAAGCCCACAAAGAAUCUGCCCUUGAAGAAGAUUCCGUGCAAAGCCAGUGCACCCUCAGGCUCCUUUUUUGCCCGAGACAAUACAGCGAAUUUCUUAUCCUGGUGCCGAGAUUUAGGGGUAGAUGAAACAUGUCUAUUUGAAUCGGAAGGUUUGGUCCUCCACAAGCAACCCAGAGAAGUGUGUCUCUGUUUGCUAGAGCUUGGCCGGAUUGCAGCCAGGUAUGGUGUGGAGCCUCCUGCUUUGAUAAAAUUGGAAAAAGAGAUUGAACAAGAAGAAACACUUUCUGCCCCUUCUCCUUCACCUUCUUCAUCAAAGUCUUCUGGAAAAAAGAGUACAGGAAACUUACUGGAUGAUGCAGUGAAAAGAAUUUCUGAAGAUCCUCCUUGCAAAUGCCCAAACAAAUUCUGUGUGGAGAGGCUCUCUCAAGGAAGAUACCGAGUGGGAGAAAAGAUCCUCUUCAUUAGGGGUCUUCAUGGUUGUUACUAUGUCUCCACAGCCAAAGCAAAGCCUACGUUUAAGAUGCUGCACAACAAACAUGUCAUGGUCCGUGUGGGAGGAGGAUGGGAAACUUUCGCAGGGUAUUUGUUGAAACACGACCCCUGCCGGAUGCUGCAGAUUUCCCGUGUGGAUGGCAAAACGUCCCCCAUCCAGAGCAAAUCUCCAACCCUUAAGGACAUGAAUCCGGAUAAUUACCUGGUGGUCUCUGCCAAUUACAAGGCUAAGAAGGAGAUUAAAUGAAACUAGUUGGUUACUGCAAGGGGACUCUCAUAAUGGCCUGUAUCCACCUCUUCAGUGUAGUCAGUUUAGUUCACAUGCUUUGAAAAUUACUUUGGAAAAAGGUGUGACAGAAAAAUGUCAUCAUAUUGAAAAAUGUGCAAAGAGUAGCACUAUUUAUUGUAAUGCUUCUGUAGAAAAUGACCAAUGAAAAGAAAUUCUAAACUCAGAUUUCAAUUAGACAACUAGGCCAAUUAUUACUUUUCAAUAUGUGAACAUAGGAUUUAGAACACAGUUAGUAUGUUAGAAAUACAAUUCUAGCUAGAGAUAAAAACUGUUAUUAGAAGAACAUAUUUAGCAUUUACAGAUAAGAAAACAGAAAGUGCCUGCUUUAUGUCUACAGAGUGAAAGCACCCCAGACAUUUUAUAACGGCACGAUUUUUAAGCUAAUUUUUAAAAAAUGACAAUUAGUGUAACAAUGUGCUACUAAAAAUAUCCAACAGCACUAUAAAUAAGUACAGAGAAUUCACAACAGUAAUACUUUCCUAGAAAGACCACUUCAGAAAAGUUUACAUUCACUUGCAAGAUGCCUUAGAAAGUUAUCCCUUAUCUAUGACCAAAUAUCUGGGGUACUUUUGGAGGUUUUCAGCACACCCCUUAAGGUAUCGCUUAUGAAUUGUUCUACACCUUCCUAAAACCAUGGCUGUGUUGAGAAUGAUUUAGUGUAAUUCACACACAUAAGCUGACUUACAUUUAUACAGAGGGUGCCA